AUGACCACCACAGCUCAAAAUCAAGAUCCCUCCUCAUCCUCAUCUUACCAAACCCUCCUCUCCCGCCUCACACCCCCAUCUCUUCCCCACGACCCUCUCUCCCUCCCAACUUCCCCCUUGAAACCACAUCUCCCAGCGACCGAAAUCGCAUCCCUGCAACUACAUCCGGUCAUCGAGUCGGCAUUACACAUCCUCAACCACGAUCUCCCCGCGGCGCAUUUCCUGCUACGACACAUGCAGGCCCCGCCGGCAUGGGAGGCGAUGUAUUUGCAUGGGAUCCUGCAUCGGGUCGAAGGGGACGUGGACAAUGCGAGGGCAUGGUUAUGGAGGUUGUUUGGGGUCAAGUUCAACAUCAAGGGCAAGAUCAAAGUCGCCAUCAAAGUCACCAUCAAGGCCAACAUCGAGGGCAAGAUCAAGGCCAAGGGCAAGAUGGCAAACAGCACAAAAAGGAAAGGGAAAGAAAAGGCCAACUACUUCGCACUCUUCAGGAUCCGCCGUGUCAUCAGCGACAACAACCUGACCCGGACUCUCGUCGUCAUCACCAUCACCAUCAUCAUUCUCGGUCUCGUUCUCUCUCAUUCACAAGACCAUCCCAAUUCGAACCGCACUUUUCCCAUGCCAUCCGAGGCACAUACACAUUCCUCCCUCGGCGAUCUCUCUCUACAAGAACUCCUCCGCUUCCUUUCGUACUGUGAAGCCAAGUUCGGCACGGACCGGGUGGUCGAUGCGUCCGGGAUCUGGGUCUCCAUGGCCGACAAACAUAAGGACAAGGCCGCGGAUAUGAUCACCGGAGGCGAAGGUUGGAGGGAAUUUUGA